GCUGAGGAGCCUCAUGGUCCAUCCCUGGAUUCUCCAAGCACUGACUCCCCAUCCACUCUGACCACAGCCAGGGCCACCGCCUGCCCAGCGUCCAUCCAUGGAGGCGACCACCGUGUCCUCAUCUCCUGCCUCACCAACUGAAGGAGACAAUGUCUGUGAGACAGAUGUCACCAGCGUGGCCAUACACAGUGUGUCACUGCUCAUCUGCCUCUGUGGGCUGGCCGGGAACGGGGCUGUGCUCUGCUUCCUUGGCUCCCGCUGUUCAUCCAGGAGCACAACAACCCAUUUCAUCCUCGUCCUGACUUUUUUGGAUUUCCUCUGCCUCCUCUUUCUGUUGCCCUCCUCUCUGCUCUUCCUGCUGGAGAAUGUGUCCUGCUCUAUCAUCCUGCCCAUGCAGUACGUGGUGAUUCUUUUCCAGAUGUUAUCGGCGUCAUACAGCAUGUGGCUCUAUGUGCUGAUACUUAUCAGCAUCAGGAGGUGUAGCUCCAUCCACUGCCCUCUCUGGCACUGCUGCCACCGUCCCCAGAACCUGUCAUGGCUGGUGCAUGCCCUGCUCUGGGCCUUCCUCAUCACUCUCAUCAUUGUCUGUACCACAAAGCUUUCUCUGUGUGCUUUCCAGGUAUCGGAACACUGCCAGUUUUCUCUCAUCUCCAUAUACACCUUCAACCUUCUCCUCUGUGCUCCCUUUGUGCUCAUUUCCAUCACAAUCCUCUUCAUUAAGGUCAAGCCUGGCUCCCAUCAGCAGCAACCCAAGAGGCUGGACAUUGUUAUUUGCAUCAUUGUGCUCCUCACUCUGCCCCACAGCCUCUGGAACUUACUGCAGCACCUCAGUUACACCAUUGUGCCCUCCCAGCUUGUUUUCCUGCUCAACUGCAUCAACAGCAGCAUCAAACCCUUCAUCUACUUCUUGGUAGGGAGGUGCUGGAGGCCCUGCUCUGUGGGGUCCAUCCAGCUCUCCCUCCAGAGAGUGUUUGAGGAGCCAGAAGAAAACAGUGCCCACAGAAAUGAUCCUGCCAUGGACACAGUGCUGUGAGUCUGUUGAUCCUUCCCACUGCACUGCUGAGAGACCCCUGGACAAUGGCUGAGGGAUUCCUUGACUGACCUGAUCAAUAAAUCCCCACAGGAUCACCC